GUGAACGAAUGCAUUGAGUUCGAGCAGGUUUUCCGGUCGCUUCGCCUGUUGAAAAUGCCUUAUUUGACGAAGAAAUAUUGCUCAGAACGGCCAGAAGAGUCGCGUGGAUUGCGUUGGUGGAGCGGACGCCGCGAAACAACGCGGCUGGUGGUCGAAGCGAGGUUUUCGGAAUUCGCAAAAAGCGCUGGGCAAAAUCGCCUCUCGAAAGGCUCCAGCCGCGUUGCGCAUUUCCUCUUUCCUGGCUCGAAACUGUUCCCAAGUUGGCUAUUCAAAACGCAGCAGAAGUCAUAUACGUGACGUCCCGUGCGGCCUGACCACAAAAUGCAACCUCACCAUGUGUCUGGUGCCUGAAUUCUUCAGGUGUAUACCCAGGCAGCGCGUCGUGUACAUCCACGUGCGUUGACUUACGGCUGUUGUGUUCAGGUGGUCACCGUUGUUCAUGUGCAACAUCUGUUUCGCACUCUGCCGCACUGCGGCGUCCGCCACUACUUUUGUUGUCGAACUAGAGCUCGUGUACACGCUUCAUCAGCAAAUGUAAGCGGAGCUCUUCCGUGGUUUCGGUACGGCUCAAGUACGUCCGCUCCGAACGUGCCCGGCUGUGCCGCGUUGUUUUUUGAACACAAGCGCCUACUUGUUCCUCGGAUGCAGUUCCUUUUCGAUCCAGGAGCAUCCCCUCCGGAGACGAAAGACGAAACGCUACCCCAGGUUCUGUGGUCUUCCGUGGCAUUUCGAGACGAGCUGUCCCGGACAGAAAUACCGGGAAAGCUCUGGAGUCCAUGCACACAGUAGCGACUUCGCAGGAGGCGUCCUCCAAACGAAGGGAAAGCCGUGUGAGUGGAAAACAUUUGGAAAAAAUAUGAGAUAGGGGUUCCAGGACAAACGGGAACUUGAGGAAGAGGUGCGGCAGGCAGCAGCGUGCCGCCCAAGGGAGCCACGAGACAGCUUUCUGUUGAUGGUGCACGGUGACGGUGGAACGAGGAAGGAGGGCACAGAGAUAGAGGAAGCAGAGGAAGUGAAACGCGUCGUAAAUGAGGCAAAGGAAAACGACAGCUGGCACAGAGGCAAAAACAAUGAUUUCGCAUGAGGUCGCGUGGACAAGUCUUGCACAAAGUGUAGGGUGGAGACUUCUUUGAAUUUCAUUUAGGCAAAAUGCUGGCGCGAGACACUGUCUGCCGUGUCGUCUGCAGAAAACUGAAGAGCAGGAAGCCAUGACGAAAAGAUUCCUCCCCGACCGUGAUGCCGCUGCUCUUUCCGAUGCUGGCUGUCCUCUUGUCAACCGUUUUUUCCGCCCUCUCUUCUGCGACGCCGUCUCUCGCGCUUUCUUCAUCCUGUCCUCGCAUUCUUUCGCCUUAUUUCGCCCUCCCUCGCCGAGCUGGAGAAGCCAUUUCUGCGCCCUCUCUUGUCCAGUCCACAACGGUCCAGAAGGGAAGGAAAGCGGGAGCUUUCUCGACAGCAGCGAUACCGCAGCACAGGCAGUGCGAUCGUAGAUGCGCUUCUCAAGGGCGAGUGCUCUGUCCCUUGUUACUAUACACUUGGGUCUGCGUAGGUUUUUUCUGGAAGCAUCACUCCCCACUCUCGUCGCGGGUGUCUGCUUCCUCAGGGUUUGCCCCUGACGGCAGGCGACGGAGAACUCGGAGGCUCGCGUUCUGCCCCUCUCACACGUGUCCUGUUUGUCGUGUCCAGUAUUCAAGGAGCCUCCGGCGUCCGUUUCUCUACACCCCUUGUUGGUCCUCCACUCGCAGGGCAAAGACGAUACUCAACGCGAGCACUGUUUCUUCUAUUUCUUCCUCGAAAAAGCGCGGCUCGGCACACAGUUCUGGUUGCUCUGCUCUUCUGUCCUUUUCUCAAGGUUCUUCAUUUGCCCCCUCGUGCUGCUUGUCUCCUUCCUCCUCGACAGAGGUAAACGGUCAUUCACCUUUUUUCAGUUUUUCAUUGGCUUCACCUACGGCGCGCCCCCACCACUGCUUGCUCUCCAAUUUCCGGGCUUCGUCGUCCCCUUCUUUCUCUCCGCUGUAUGGGAGAAAACUCGCGUUUUUUCUUCCAGGGCGACUCACGACAGAGGUCAGCAUGGUGGCAUCUCCUGCGUAUCAAGAGUUGUCUGGCGUCGCUCUCUCUUCUUCAGACUGGGGAGCGGGGGAGUGGGGAGAACCUUUUUCACCUUCUUCUUCCCGCCAAUCCUCUCCUUCUGACUCUCCCUGCUGCUACUUGAACUCUUCGUUUUCCUUCCAGUCCCCUAGUUUCCCUUUCCCCCCUCAAAAGCAGACGGAGACGAAUGCGUUGGCACCCGUCACGGCUCUCGCCACCAGUCUUUCGUCUUUCUCCUCUCUCGCUUCCGCCGACACCUUCGCGCCGGACGCUGCAGCCUCCGACAAGACAGCCGACACGUCGCCUUCCACCCAACGGUCUUCCCGGGAAUCCCCUGCUUCUCCUUUUCCCUGUCCACCUCUAUCCCACCCAGGAGGGAAAGGUUGUUUCUCCGCCUCGCGAGUGCUUCCUCUGCCGCUCAAACGCCUGCAUUUUGAUCAAGUUGACAGCACCCAAAAGUGGUGUCUGAGGAACUUGGAGACGCUCUGCAGCGUUCACGGCUUGUCUCCGUCGACGUGGGUCGCCGUUAGUGCUUCGCGCCAGACAGCAGCUGUAGGUACACGCGACAGCGUGACGCUCGAAGAGAAGAAGUGGAUCUCUCCGCCGAACAACGUGUCGGUCACUUACGUGAUUCCAUGGCCCAUUCGCCUCUCUUCGCGUUUGCUGAACUUCGCGCAAACUGCUGCAGUCGCGGUGUGCAAAGUUCUUGACGCGUACGGCCUUCGAGGGCAGAUCAAGUGGAUCAACGACGUGUUUGUAAAUGACAAGAAAAUAUGCGGUGUACUCUGCCACAAUCCGGCCUUUGUCCUUCCGUCUGCGUUGAUUUCCCCAGCUGUCUCUGCACCGAGAAGCGACGCGGUGGCGGCUGCGCUCGCUGCCUCCUCGUCUUCUUCAAAAACCCAAGGUUCUCCACCGGGCCUCCAGGCUCUGCAUGCACAGCUUGAAGGCGACAGCUAUUGGGCAGUGCUUGUAGGCGUUGGCAUCAAUGUGGAAAAGAAGCCUGAAGUCUCGGAGAUGGCAAUUGAGCAGGCGACGACGUCCAUAGCCGAGGAGCUGGAACGUGUGGGCGGAGAGCGAAAUCGGAACAGAAGCUCUUGUUCAGACGUGCUGAAAAAUGAAAUGUCGUCGCCUGAGACCGUUACUCAGUUUCCUGACUCUCAGGAAAAGACGCGCAUUUCCACCUCUGUUCGAGGGGCGCCUGUCGACGUGGGUGGCGUUGCGAGGGAAAAGGAAGGCGGAUACAUCGGAGCAGAGAGAAAACCAGACACCGAGGAAGGAACUUCUGGAACUUUUUGUGGACACUCUCUCUCGUCGACAGGACCUGGUUCGUCCUUUCUAAACCCGGAUGCGAUCCGCGCAUCUCUCGACACCCACAUGUACGAGAGUUUCAACAUCCUGCAGCGAGAGGGCUUCAAGGCCCUUCGGCCUUUCGUCCUCUCCCGCCUCGCGUGGCUAGGUGACUACGUGGAGCUUGAAGAGAAAGGUAGCCAGGCGUCUGCUUGGCCGACAGACCGAAGAAGUUGUCCAACGGAUUCAGAGGAAUCUGCCAGAGCAUAUGCUUCUGCUUGUGGAACAAGCAGGCACGGCGUCACGGGCAGCGAAGACGAUGAAAACGUUUUCACCGAUGUCGGUGAGUUGUCCGACGGCCUCGAGAGAAACACCGCAUGUGACACUCGGGAGUCAACUCCGGAAGGUUCAACUGCAGGUUCAGACAGGAGGAGGUUUUCGGCUGGCGAACGAGGGAGCGGUUUUCUCGCCACCGGCAUUCUGCAGGGUCUCGAUGAAGACGGGGCUCUCCUCAUUCGAAUGCCUGAUGGGAGGACGCAAAAGUUUGUCGGUGGUCAUCUUGUGAGGCCCUAAGCCCAGAUGCUUUGACUUGGCGGUUUUCUUGGGUCUGCGAAAAGAGUGAUGACUAGAUUUUGUUUUGGUCAAAGCCCUAAAAGUAAUGAGGAGGGUGUACACUGCUGUCGCAGAAGUUUUUUUACGCCGUUUUUGCCUCCGGGAAGGCAUUUGUGAAGUGUUUGUGUCUGCCCAGUGGGCAUUCCGGAUUCCGCAGAUGUUUUUUGUGCCUGGGGGCGUAAAAUAGCUUUCCGUUUUCUCCGAUUUCUCCCAGACUGAAUUUUCAGAAAUCUCUGCUGCUGAGAUGAUCUGUAAGGUGCUCUGUA